ACCGCCUCAACGCUAGACGAGUUAAUCAAGCGCGUUAUCAUGCAAGCGGCAUUGGCACUUGACAUUCUAACGCGCCUUCAAGCGGCCGCAAAAACUCCCCGCUAACAGAACCAUUUUGCUCACUUUUCGGCUCACGAUGGGCGGCAAAUACACGAAGUUGGAUCCGAUGGACGUGGAGGUGCCCAAACUACAGGCGCUCCUCGAACGCGAUCCCUACCUGAAGCCCUACGAGCGGGAACUGCGACGCCGCUAUGCGUGCUUAAAGGACAUCGAAGAUGAAAUUGAAACCAACGGACGAGGAAUCGAAGACUUUACAAAAGGAUAUAAAUAUUAUGGCGUACGCGUGCAGCAGGAUAACUCAAUUAUAUGCCGAGAGUGGGCACCUGCAGCCACACAACUUUAUUUAACGGGAGACUUCAAUGGCUGGAACCGGGAUAGUCAUCCUUAUAAUAAACUAGAGUACGGAAAAUGGGAACUGCAUAUCCCACCAAAAGAGGACGGCAGUUGCGCUAUUCCACAUCUAUCAGAACUUAAGGUGGUUGUUCAAAGCAAGGACUGUAAAAAUGACCGCCUGUCACCAUGGGCGACAUAUGUUGUCGAACCACCCAAACAUGAAGGUACCAUUUACAAACACAAGUUCUGGAAUCCACCUCAGCCUGAAAGAUACUUGUUCAAACACGCCAAACCGAAGAAACCUGCCUCACUUAGAAUCUACGAAUGCCAUGUUGGUAUCGCCACUAGUGAACUCCGUGUGGGUACUUACGAUGAAUUCACCACCAACAUUCUACCUCGAAUCAAACGUCAAGGCUACAAUACCAUCCAGUUAAUGGCGGUUAUGGAGCAUGCGUACUACGCCAGCUUCGGCUAUCAAGUAACAAGUUUCUUCGCCGCGUCCAGUCGUUACGGCACCCCUGAACAACUCAAACGCUUAGUGGACACUGCUCACUCCAUGGGCAUUGUUGUCCUCCUGGAUGUAGUUCAUUCCCAUGCAAGCAAAAAUGUCCUCGAUGGUUUAAACCAGUUUGAUGGCUCAGAUGCAGGGUACUUCCAUGCUGGAUCGCGCGGUUAUCACAGCCUAUGGGACUCGAGACUCUUCAACUAUUCAGAGUUGGAAGUGUUGCGUUUCCUGCUGUCUAACCUGCGCUGGUGGUUAGAGGAAUAUAACUUCGACGGCUUCCGAUUCGAUGGUGUCACCUCCAUGCUUUAUCACUCCAGAGGCAUCGGAGAAGGCUUUGCGGGUAGCUACGAUCAGUACUACGGCCUUAAUGUCGACACCGAGGCAUUGGUCUAUCUUACUCUUGCCAAUAAAGUUAUACAUAACUUGCAUCCGCAUGCGGUUACAAUCGCAGAGGAUGUGUCUGGCAUGCCAGCCACCUGCCGUCCGGUGGACGAAGGUGGUUUGGGUUUUGACUACCGGCUAGCCAUGGCAAUCCCGGACAAAUGGAUCGAACUGCUCAAAGAGUGCCGUGAUGAGGACUGGGAUAUUGGCAAUGUGGUGCAUACGCUAACCAACCGCCGAUGGAUGGAACCAGCCGUAGCGUACUGCGAGUCACAUGAUCAAGCCUUGGUUGGUGAUAAGACCAUUGCGUUCUGGUUGAUGGACGCGGCUAUGUACACGAAUAUGAGCACCAUUUCAGAGAAAACUACAGAGGUUGAGCGUGGCAUGGCGCUGCACAAGUGCAUACGUCUCAUUACGCAUGCGCUUGGUGGUGAGGCAUAUCUAAACUUCAUUGGGAACGAGUUCGGGCACCCGGAGUGGUUGGAUUUCCCCAGGGAGGGAAACGCUAGUUCUUAUCACUACGCAAGACGACAAUGGCACCUUGUCGAUGAUGACCUGUUGCGAUACAAAGAACUAAAUGCAUUCGACGCAGCCAUGAAUCAUUUAGAAGAGAAGUACGGCUGGUUGCAUAAGGGACCGGCGUAUGUCAGUUGCAAACAUCAGGAUGACAAAGUCAUCGUGUUCGAAAGGGCUGGACUACUCUUCGUGUUCAAUUUCCACGCAAACAAAAGUUUCGCCGAUUACCGCGUGGGAUAUGAUGGCGCUGAGGGUACUAAACUGAAAGUUGUACUCUCCACGGACAAUCAGGAGUUUGGAGGAAUGGCUCGAAUUGAUGGAAGGGUGGAGCAUGUUGUUGGGGGCGGGGCGUAUUCCAACAGGGCCAACUCCGUGCUGGUGUACAUUCCAGCAAGAACCGCUAUUGUUUUAGCACCAAUUGAUAAGUGCUAACCGGCUAUUAGUUCUACUUUUGUUAAAAUACUGUUUACAAGUGCCAUUUGUUAAUAAACCAUUGCGAUUUA